UUCAUUAUGUAUUUGUAUUAGCUGCUAUCAUAAUAAAAUACUGCUAUAAUUACUAAUUAGUAAUAGUCCAUUAAAAAUUGCCUUUGUCUUCAGUAAUUUUUUACUGAGUCCAACAUAUCGUCUGAAUUUUUAUUAGACGGUUACUAAACAUUUAUUUUUUGCUUACGCUGAAAUAAAUCCUCACGCUAAUCCUACGAAAAUGGCUGUACGUAGAGCUAGUCACUCUGGGACAUGGUACAACGAAUCUGCGAAAGAGCUUAGCAAUCAAUUAGAAAACUGGUUAGGUGCUGCUGAACUCACUCAUGGGCCUGCCAGAGCCAUAAUAGCCCCGCAUGCCGGAUAUCAAUAUUGUGGCGCUUGUGCAGCAUUUGCUUAUCGUCAGAUAAGUCCAUUCGUCGUGCAACGUAUUUUUAUACUUGGGCCCUCACAUAAUGUCCGUUUAUCCGGUUGUGCUUUGUCAAGCGCUGUUAAGUAUAGAACACCGUUUUAUGAUUUACAAAUAGAUAAUGAAGUGUACGAAGAGCUCGAGUCUACUGGGCAUUUUGAACGAAUGAGUAUGAAAGUAGAUGAAGACGAACAUAGUAUCGAAAUGCAAUUGCCAUACAUUGCCAAAGUGAUGCAAGACUACAAAGAUAAAUUCACUAUUGUGCCAGUAAUGGUUGGCUCGUUAAGCACUGAAAAAGAAUCUCUCUAUGGACAUAUAUUUUCUCAAUAUUUAGCGGAUCCUAAAAAUCUUUUUAUCAUAUCUUCAGAUUUUUGCCAUUGGGGACAAAGAUUUCGUUAUACAUUUUACGAAAAAUCUUGGGGUGAAAUUCAUCAAUCAAUUACAACUCUGGAUCAUAAAGGCAUGGAUAUUAUAGAAACUUUAAAACCAGCUGCUUUUGUUGAAUACUUGAAAACUUUCUCUAACACUAUAUGUGGCAGACAUCCAAUCAGUGUUUUAUUGCAGGCGGCUAAUCAUUUACGGACUCAAAAAUUGUCACUCAAAUUUCUAAAAUAUGCUCAGUCCAGCAAAUGUUACAAUCUGGGUGAUUCGUCAGUUAGCUAUGCAUCCGCAUCCCUCAUAAUUGAAUAGCAAUACUGUACUUCAUAGUGAAUUUUUUUAAUUCACAUUUUUCUAAAUAUAAGUUAACACUACAUUUAAAAACUAUAUACUUAAUUACAUAUUAUUUUAAACCAUAAUGAUAAUCAAGAUUUUAUGAACAUUGUUUAUAUAAUUAAAUAAAUAUUAAAAUGUAAGUUUUUUUUUAAGAAAAAAA